CAGCAGAACCUCAGCUUCAUGACCGGCAGGAGGAGGUUCUGAUUGACCAGCAGCUCUGGUACCAAGAGAGGAGCUCCAGUUUGGACCGGGAGGAACCAGAACCUCCACAGCUGAAAGAAGAGGAGGAGGAACUCUGCGUCAGUCCAGAGGCUGAGACCUUCAGGAGUCCUGCUUCUAAACAAAGAGUCCACUGGGAACCAGAACCAAACUGGGACCGGCUCCUCCUCCAGAACUCUCCUAAACCUGGGAACCAGGCCCAUGAAAGAAGCCAGACUGAGGUCCAGGGAUCCAGCAGAGACCAAGACCAGAAACAAAACAAGACAAGUCCAGAAACCAGAGACCAUCCAGAACCAAAGUCCAACAGAACCUCUCACACAGAUGAGAAACUACUUCACUGUGAGUUUUGUGGAAAACAGUUUUUCCAGACGUCUCACRUGAGCAUUCACGUUCACAGUCACACAGGAGAGAGACCGUUCUCCUGUCAGACCUGUGGGAAAAGCUUCAGACACAGGAAAAGCUUAACAUUUCACACGAGGGGUCACACGGGUGAGAGACCCUACUCAUGUCAGUUCUGUGGGAGAGGUUUCUCUCAGAGUUCUCACCUGACCACUCACCUGAGGACUCACACAGGUGAGAGACCGUUCUCCUGUCAGACCUGUGGGAAAAGCUUUAGUCAAAAAGGGAAUUUAACCAAACACAUGAGAACUCAUCCUGGUGAGAAGAGUUGAUCUGUUGUUUUCUUUUCAAAAUAAAAGAACUGUUUAWAACCAACGUUUAUUAAACUUUGUUAAAAACA